AUGCGUCUGCAUGCUGAGGUGCGGGAUGAUAUGGAGGAGAGCGAGGAGUGGGCUGUGAUGUCUUCGGCGGCGUUGUCGCCAAUCAUCGGCGCCGCGGCGCCGGCUCCCCGGCUAGUGGUGGGCUACGCCCUCACGAAGAAGAAGGUGAAGAGCUUCCUCCAGCCCAAGCUGCUCCUGCUGGCGAGGAAGAAUGGAAUCAGUUUUGUAUCUAUUGAUGAGUCUCUUCCCCUCUCAGAACAAGGCCCUUUUGAUGUUAUUUUACACAAGAUUACUAGGAAGGAGUGGCAGCAGGUUCUGGAGGACUAUCAUGAAGAACAUCCAGAAGUUACUGUCCUUGACCCACCAAAUGCUAUCAAGCAUCUGAACAAUCGACAAUCGAUGCUUGAAGAAGUAGCUGAUUUGAACCUGUCAAAUUUCUAUGGUGAAGUUUGUACCCCACGCCAACUGGUCAUUUCGGAGGACCCAUCCUCUAUACCAACUGCUGUAGCUAUGGCUGGACUGACAUUGCCCUUGGUUGCCAAGCCAUUGGUUGUUGAUGGAACAUCUAAAGGUCACGAACUGUAUCUUGCAUAUGAUGUGGCAUCCUUGUCAAUGCUUGAUCCGCCUCUCGUUCUACAGGAAUUCAUAAACCAUGGCGGGAUCCUCUUUAAGGUGUAUAUCAUUGGUGAAACAGUACAGGUUGUCCGCAGGUUCUCUCUUCCUGAUGUUAACACAUAUGACUUACUAAACAACGUUGGCGUCUAUCGAUUGCCAAGAGUUUCAUGUGCUGCAGCUAGUGCGGAUGAUGCAGAUCUUGACCCUCUUAUUGCAGAGCUUCCUCCAAGGCCACUCCUAGAGAAACUGGGCAGGGAGCUUCGUGUCCGGCUGGGUUUGAGAUUGUUCAAUAUAGAUAUGAUUAGAGAACUUGGAACCAAAGAUCGGUACUACAUAAUUGAUAUCAACUACUUCCCAGGUUACGGUAAAAUGCCAGGAUAUGAGCGCAUGUUCACAGACUUCUUACUAAGUCUCGCACAAAGCAAGUACAAAAGAUUCAUAGUCCAGCCUCCAGUGGAUGCAAGGCCAAACCAAGACCAAGGCCCUGGUGGGCAACCUCAAGGAGGUGCAGUGGAUGGGGCCAUGGAGGAGGCCUUCGCGGUGAAGCACCUCGUUGGCGCCGACGACGUGGGCGCCGAGGUCAAGCUACUCACCUCGGUGGCGUACCAGAACCGUCCAAAGUGCUUGUCAGGACACGGCACGCAGACGUGCACCUCCACGUCAAGGUCACCGGGUUCGGCCAGCCAGCGCCACCGUCGCCACCAACCCUUGCAUCUGGUACGCACCGGAGGUGUGGAGCAGGAGGCGGCCAAGUGCACCGAGGAGACGGACGUGUACAGCUUUGAGAUGCUGACAGGGAAUUCCCGAUCGAGGACCACCACCUGCGGGGGGAGCACAUGA